AUGACGUUUUCGUUUCUGUUUUUCGGCUUUGAUUUAGAUCCACCAAACAUCACUCACAUCUCUGAAAACAUGACAGUGAAUGAGAGUGAUCCAGUGAAUCUCACUUGUAGAGCUGAUGGUAAUCCUAAACCAACCAUUACCUGGAUGAAAAAUAGCAAAGUUAUGAGCAAGUCUUUUAUCGUCCGUGGGAAAAGUGCUGAAGGACUGUACAUUUGCACCGCUGACAAUGGCAUUGGAAAGGCGUCCAGCAAGCCGGUCUUCAUAACUGUUGAGUGUAAGUCCAAAUGUAAAGCGUCAAUAGCUUUUGUGGUAUAAAUACCACAGGCGGCCCAAACUCACGUUGCGAGAAAAGGUUGUAAUGUAAUUUACAUAACAUAGGUGACACACCGGUGUCGCGUUACAGGCAUAGAACGAAAGGAGUAACCAGCGGUUACGCAAUAAAGCCAAAAAAACAGUCAAACGACGAACAGACACCAAAACGCAGUGGAAUAGAUUGUAGGUAAGAAUUUUUUAUUCAUUUCAUUUAAGAAAAAGUAAGGUUUAGCGUUAUUUAGCGUUCGCAGAUCUCAGUAAUAUAUUUCUCAUACAAAGCCUCUUAUAUUUUCAACGGUCGCCUGUAACGCGACACCGGCACGUCACCUAUGUUAUGUAAAUUACAUUACAACAUUUUCUCGCAACGUGAGUUUGGGCCGCCUGUGCUUAUACAACAAAUCGGAACUAGAUUGGAAUAGCCCACGUUCGAUAUAGUAAAAUUCUAACAUGGCUCCGAGGCUUCUGGUCCUUUUACUAUAUUUCGUUUUGUUUUCUUUGUGCUUAAGUCUCUUAUGCCGGUAAUUGCAAGACAAUGGAGUUGUGAAAAAAUUGCAAUUUUGAGUCAUGUUAGAAUUUUUUUUAUAACAUAACAAAAGUAAAUCGCGCGCUCUGAUUGGUCAGUUAGCCACUACCAUUUGCCCGUGGGUGCACGCUAAGAAACUGAGCUAGCGCGGUAAAAUUUAGGCAAAUUCAACAAAUCUCCUCUCCCGACGGUAAAAUACACCGAUGAAAUGCACAGAUGAAAAGUGGAAGGUGAAGAAAAUACUAAGCUGUGGUUUUGAAGGAAAAAAGACAAAAGAUCAAGCGACAAAUUUGCCCUGGAUGAAUUAAUCACUGUUUUCCUCGCGGCUAGAAUCGGCAGGAGGAAAAUCGAGGGAGCGAAGAUUUGAGGUACAUUUUGUGUGUUUUUUUUAUCGAGAAGAAAGUCUGUUUGAAAUGUAAAUUUAUCAAUUACCAUUGUGUUAUUGACUUUUUGGUCAAGCUGAUGCUAAAUUCAAGCAAAUAUUUUAGGAAACACGUUAAAAUUCGAGACAGCUUUGUUGUGAAGUUUUCAUCGCAUCGAUUAACAAUUUUAGUUGAGUUUAAACGGGCACAUAACGCUGGAAUAAGCGAAUUUCAUUUGAGUACAGAAACAUUUGGGUUUUCAAAUAAAUUUUUCAAAAAAUAACUUCUGUGUGUAUUAUUUUGUUCCUCAGUGUUCAUUCAUAACAGUCGUUCAGGGAACAGUCGAAAAACAACAGCUUCAGCGCCGGCUGUGUGUCGGCGAAUUUCAGUUGACUUUCAUAGCUGGAUUUCCCCAGACAGAUUUCGAUACAAAGCUAGUUAAUUUCUUUUUAAAAAUAGUGUUACCUGUUAUUCUAAAGGAAUUACUGUCAAAUUUUCUCAUUCCUACUUUACGUUUAUUUCAAAAAUUGUCACAUAAAUAAGCUUGAUAAUUAUUUCAUUUAUUUAGUUUUAGCUUAUUUUUUAGAGUCUUUUUAGUUGGUGUUUAUAGUUGCAGAUAUAGUUUUCCCUCAAAGUUUUUACCCUAAUAUUAAGAGCAAGUAGACAGAUGCCAUUCACAAUAACAACAAAAAACGUUUUGCAAUUUACCUGAAGACGGAGAACGGCUGAUUCAGCGAAAGAAAAACUCAAAGGCAAGUUUUUGAAAAACAUAGAACAUAAUUUGUUUACGCGCGGGCAGUUGGCAGCAUACAUGAACUCCGACCGAUGACUCAACUGAAGGCAAAUGGAAAACAAUGUUUUUCUCUUUUGAUUAUGUUAUAAAAGAAAUGGUAAACGUUGCAGCUGUGCAACCAUGGAGUUAUGGAUGCACUUGGGAGGUUUGCUAAGCACUCAAGAAGCUAGAGUCGCACUCGGCUAUCGCCUCGUGCGACUCUUACGCUUCUUUCGUGCUUAGCAACCUCCCGCGUGCAUCCAUAACUCCAUGGUUGCACGCUGCACGUUUACCAUUUCUUAAAUAUAUCGCACGUGGGCUAUUCCAAUUUGCAAUUUUCCGAGUUCAAAAGCGACACUAAUAGCAAACAUUUCUUUUAAAAAUAAGUCUGAUUGGCAUUAGAAUAACAAAAUAAUUUUCAUAAUAAAGGCUUCGAACUUAGCCUCGCUUUUAAACAGACGCCUGGGGCAACUUGGAAAUGGCCUAAUAACCAAAAAUUCCCAAAAACAUCUGUACUGCUGGAUUCAGGGCCUCAAAGAAAACAAAAAAUGACUUGUUCAAUUUUGUUUAAUUUCCUUCGUCUGUGUAAAGUGGGCUUGCACUUUUCUAUUGUUUUCACAACUCUUACAUAUUUGUCCUUAAUUUUGUGUUGAGAGAAUUAAUAGACACGUACAAACUAUAAUUCGAAUAAUGCAAUCGAUUAAUGAUUAUUUACAAUAACGAGUGGAUGUACACAUCUUUUCUCCCCUUAGACUUUACUCUUUUUAACACAACAAUGACAAAAAGCGCAAACAUUGUUGAUUUGAACACACCAUUAAACCUCAGCUGCAGUGCGCAAGCCCACCUCCUGCUAACUAUCGAUUAUGCAGAGGUCAAAUCGGUAGUUCAAAGAACAAUCCAAGUAAACUAUGCUUGUACUCCUUUAAAUUAUUUUGGUGAUGGGCAGACGGUGGUGAUUGUUGUAGAAGUAUACCGUAAGUAUUUAGCUUGGUUGCUGUGAACUACAGCAAUUUCACUAAAAAGACCAGCAACGAAGCAAAUUUAUUGGAACUGAAGAGUUUAACUGCUAUUAACAGGAUUUUUCCGGUUUGCAUUGUUUUCAAACACCAGUAUGGCCGUCGUGACAUGGCAUGUGAUGACCUGAUUCUCUUCGGUCAUACGCUGAUCCUAGCAACUAAAUAUGCUAAAGAGUGCAUUGCCACUUAAACGUACAGAUAUUUAUAGUUUUCUGAAAAAAUACCUAAUUGCUUUUCCUUCCGUUUAGUCUCUCCACAAGUUAUCGAGAGGAAUAAAACACAUCUAGCUUUACCAGGAGACCCUACCAUUCUCACCUGCCCUGUUGAUGGAAACCCUUCACCUUCAGUUACAUGGUACAAAGGAAAUGACAGCAGUGGACAACCGUUGCAUACAGGAAAAACGUGGAAAUUUUGUCAGACCAAGUCAAGUGAUAGUGGGUUGUAUACCUGUUCUGCGAGUAAUUCUCUCGGGACCGCUACAGCCACUGUGAUACUCGAAGUUGGUGAGUCAAGCACUCGGGUAGAGUGGUGGGGACACUCAAAGGGAAGUUUAUAGGUAGAAGUGUGUGUCGGGCAAUUUUUUUUAAGCAGAAGAUAAAAAGAGUAAUGAAUUCUGGACCAGACACGCAGUUUAAAGAAACCGUAAAACCCUGUUCAAUUAAUGCUGUUAAAGAAUGCAGUUUAUUUUUUCUUACUGUGAGAUAUGAUGAAAUUCUCCAGCUCGCCGUUCACGAUUAAGAAUUUAUGUAACCGUUUGAGUUGAAAGCUCUCUUAAACGCCUUCUUUACUUUUUAUUAAAGGGACUGGUUCACGAUAAUGCGCAUGUGUGACUUCUGACAGUAGCUGAUUGUUUUUAAACCAAUCGGAAGCGAGUUAGAUGCACGCAAGUAAAUUUAAAAAAUUCAAAUUAAUUGUCCGCGACGCGAGAGUAUUUUCGUGCAUUUGGUUUGAUUUUAUUUAUCCGCAUAAUUCAAGUUUAUUCUUUGCUACUCCUCAGAUAUAUGUUGCAGCCGAUAAGAAUAAGAUUUACAGCCCUGUCCUGCUUUGAAACAAACAUUUACCAACGUGUAUUUUUACGAGGUCGUACCCACGCUAACAAAGCAGUCACCGAUCGGCAAACAAAAUUUGUAAACAAACAUAUUCUUGCUGUUCUCUCAGUUCACCUUAUAUAAACCUAGAAAUACCUACAAAUAGCGCCUUACUGUUGACAAAAACACACAACGUAUGAGUAUAAAGAUUAUCCUUAAUUGAGCAUAAAUUUCAAUCGCUUAUCAGCAAAUGAACAAAUUCAUUCGCGUUGGAUCGGGCCAGUACUGUUCCGCAAAACAAAUGUUAUCGAGUAGAACACAUAAAGAAACUAGAUUAUAAACAGAAUAUUCAGGCAAUAAUUUAUUUUAAAAACAUCAAUUCUUAAACAUAUACGAUCGUAAAGCAAAGAUACAAGGAACAUUUCAAGUCUACCAGAUCGGUGAAGAUCGCGGGGCCUGUUGCGGUAUAACUACAGGUCGGAGUCAAAAAUCAAAUCAAAGUUGAACGAACUCACGCCUUUAACCACUUUCCAAGUGUCGUGUAUUCUUUUUGUAAGCCACACACUACUCCUAGAACCAUACCAGAUCGAUCGGCUAAGCUUCUCUAUCUCCAAAGACUCUUGAGAACGUCCUGUUGCCGGACGGCCACGAUGCUCUUCUGAACCUCCAUGAUCAAAACAUUAUUUUUUGCGUCUUCUUAAAACGUAACCAGUCAAACAACACAACCACACGUUAAUCACCACUACCGAAGUAUAACUAGGACAGCCAAAGCGACGGAUGUCGGAAUAAAACGAAGGAUUUUCAAUGAUUGUACCGGUAAUGGCGAUUUCCAAUGUAGUGUUGACCCGACAAAUUUAUUCUGAAGAGACAAACGGUGCGCAUGCGCAUUAUCGUGAACCAGUCCCUUUAACACUUUGAAACAAAUGUUUUAAAUGGUCUUCAUUAUUCCAAUCAACGUGAACAGGACUGAACUUUCCGCUACAAAAGGGACUACCAUAUUGCACAGUAGGCUUUUAAAUAUGGAUCAUCCAUAAUGAUCCUCACGGGAGCAACCUUAAUUGAGGUAGGUGUAUAAAUACCUCUUUGUUGGACGAGGAGAACAGCUGUAGGUGGUACUGAGCAGGUCCGUACUCUCCGCACUGCGUACCUCCGUGUGAUAUAACCCAGGCCCCUUUCCGUACGACUGUUGUGUCGACCAUCGACGAGAGUAACUAGCUUUCAACUGUUUACUUGUAGAAAAAGCCACAACAACAGCAUCACCAUCUCCCUCGGGGCGUAAGUGACGUUUUAUUUCGUACAUUGUACAAUCAAUGUCAUGUAAUUUUAAUAAAUGUGAGGUAAACACAUUUUGCUCGAAUAUUAUCAGCUCGGAUUCGGGUGCCCAAAGAAAACCUUCGCAAAGCUCUUCAUAAGGCUUUGACUGACGCUGUUAAGAUAAUCUACAAAAAGCUUAGGAAAAGAUUAUUUAAAUUUAUGUGGUGAGAGCUUCGACACAAUGGCCGCUUUGCGUAAUAUAUCGUAACUGUUAAUUAACUGUUAUUUUUGUAUAAAACACCACCACCACUAUCACCACUAGGCUACAGUGGGAAGAAUGCCGUACUUGAACGUGAGCGUUGUCACUGGAAGAGACUUUGAUCUGUCUUAUAAUCGCAGUAGCACCUCGCGUUAAUCAACCAAUGAAUGAGGCUGAAUACCUUAUGAAGAAUUAUAGAGAUCGAGGAGGGUGUUAUCCGUCGAGCCCGUAGGCCGAGGCGGAUAACACCCUCCGAGAUCUCCAUGAUUCUUCAUAUGAUACGAAAGCCGAAUUCAAUAAUUGUUUUCUUAUUCAUUCAAAAUAAUUCCUUGUUUAAAAACGUAGCUAAAACAUGCUUACCUCAAUUGAUGUUAAGUUCAUCUUCGAUAGACUCAUAGUGCACGUUUAGGGUUGUUCAGCUCCGCAAAUAUUCUCCAAAUAGCAGAUGUCGCCCUUCGAGUUGUCUUCUUGCUGUUUUUGCCAUGUUUUUAGGAAUAAUUUAGCCUAGUUAUUACUCUUGUUUUCACAACUAAAAUAACUCAACCUCGUCCCCAGGUCUCCUCGGGUAAGGGUGCAUUAACCUGCAAGAAAGCUGCAUUUUUGACGUCAUCGGCUGAUUAAGCGCAAAAUUCUUCCAAAUUUGGUCAUCACUAGCUGGUUAUGGUGAAUUAUGCGUGUGCUUUUAGCCAAUCAGAAUCGGGCAAAUAUUUUGAACGAAUAAUAAUGACUGUUAAAAUCAGUCGGAAAUUUUACUUACCUUUUGUACUGGCUUUAACGUUUGCAAAGCAGCUACAGGCAACAAGAAGAGUCUGUAAUGGCUACUCUCAGUGUUUCCCAACCGCCCUUCCAAAAAUGCAUUUCAUUGUUUUUCGAAAGCUUUUGGGAAUAUUUGGCCCUAGUUUAUGCAAAAUUUGGGGGCAUUUAAAAAUAUAGAAUAUUGACUGAGUUAAAGAUGACAUUUAAGAGUCUUUUUGCAAUGAAUAUGCGAAAGCAGCUAGCAGUCGAGAAGAUGCAAACUAAGAAGAACAUCUUUGCGGCUGUUGCUGACUGUAUUCCAGUUCCUUUGAGCUUUAUCGCUGUUUGUAAUCUCUGUAUAGCCCUUUGACAUAUUUUAUUGUCAUUUUAUAAAAUAACUGAGAUAGUAUGUGCGAUCUGAUUGGUCAAAAACCUAUCGUUUAUUAUACCAGUAGAACCAAAAUGGCAUCCGGACCACGAGCCAUAAACAAAACCGGCUAUUGCUCUGCAAACAACGAUUUUAGAAAGGCUAAAAAACAGAACAGGUUACUUACCCAGCCCUUCUUAAUAUUAAAAAGUGUUGGUUUCCACAUUUUAUUACAAAGCGUUACAACUCGCUACUGCCAUAGCUUUAAAAGUUGUAAAGUACAAAGCUGGUGGAAUACAGUUUCCAUUUCACGACGAUGCCAAAUCGCAGAGAAAGACAACAACUGUGUGAAUUUAAUGGUGUAGAAAGUCUCUAGGAAAGCUUAAUCAUGUGCCAACCAGCAAAAAAAUGGACAAUUUUAAUUAGCAUUCUUGAUUUAUUUUAUGUCAAAAUUAAAAUCCUGAAUGAAAGAAAUUGUUUCAAAAAGAGAUGUCUGAUCAAGUUAUGGCACAAAAUUGGGCCGCUGCAGGUUGUAAACAAGCUGUAAACGAUGAUUAAAGAUGUCAGAGUUUCGCGCUGGUUUUUUUUCCAACAUUUGCACAAAUUAUUCAGUAAUAUCGAUGCCAUAACCUAUCGAAACCUACCUCAAACCACCUGACUUCACAAAUUGACAAAUAUUAACGCCAAUAUGUGGCUACGGCAAAGAAACCUCUCUCCAAAUUUAGAGCUACCACUGACAUAUUUCCAUCUUUCGCUGUACGUACUACAUAAGUUACGUGCGACAACUUUGCAAAUGCAGCCACAUCGUUAACGCAGCAUUUCUUGAUCAUGAUAAAGUCCACAAAACAGAUCUUAAACCACUGCGGCUUGUAAAAAGUGAAUGAGGUCCUCCAUUACAAUAGCUGCCAGUUUCGUCUGUAAGCACGACAUUUUUACGGAUCGGCUUAACAAAAUACAGCUGCGUACAAUUUGAGGUUUAAUUUUCUACUUCUGUAUUAAACAAACCAUGAACGUAUUCCUUCAUUGUACGUUCGCAUGAAUAUGUUUUGACUUUUCCUGUAAAACAGCUUUCAUAAGUUACCACGUAAUGGGUGCAAAAACUCAUGUUUUGAAGUGCUGCAGUUUGUCGUUUGACUGAACUGAGUUUUGAGAAAGUUUGGCGCUUUUAAAUCGUGAGUAAUGAUUGGCUUAUGAUGACUUUAGAGAGAAGACGUGACUUGAUCACGGUACUAAAACGACAUUUUUUACCUAAAAGACUCUGUUCUACUAAAAGUUAUUUUAUAAAAGCUUAAAUAAUUUGUUAGACGUUGAUUUUUCACUCCAAGUGACGUUAGUGGAUGCUGAAUAUCUUCCAGAUUACGAGAAUCUCAACAGGUUGGUUUAGGUUUAACUUUCAUUUAUGGUUCUAUUCACAGAUAAUGAAAGCUGUCAGUGUAAUGAGGUCAUCUGGAAAGCAGUAACUGGAGUUCUUAUAUUCAUUAAUAUCCUUCUUGUAGUCGUGAUAGUUUGGCAGCACAAGAGAGGUAAUAGAAAACUUCUUAUCAUUUGCUCCUUGUUUUCGCGAUUAUGGAAAGUACUAGACUGUAAGUUUUCUAACGUCAACCAACCAUUUUGCCCCAAAAUGUAGAGCACACAAAAACAAGGACACAAAACAAUAAGUAAGAAAAUAAAUUAAAUAGACAAAAUCUAUUGAAUAAAUAAGGAAUUAAUAGAAUAUUAAAAUGUUUUUGUGUUCUUUCACAGGAUUUAGAGGACAGAAAAGGUAUGAAUGUUGGUUUUACCUGUAACGGUUAUGCAGCUGCAAUAUUUUUUGGUGGCUUUUAAGCCUCUGGUUUAAAUGCGUGGGAAGAACAAUAUGGUUUAGUGUUUUAGAUUUUAGCCAAAAUUCCUUAGCCAACUGUGUCUGCAACAUUAGUCACCUUGAAUUACCCUUAAAUUUGAAGAUCGACCAUGAAUUGUAAUGAAAGUUAGUAAAUGUUUUAUUUGUUUUGUAAUUCUUCGUUCUUCUUUUCGUAUUCUCAGACCAUAUGCGUUGCCACGCGACCAUACAGAGGUUUAUGACGUAAGUAAUUUUUUUUUUAUCUGUUUUGUGUUUCAGUCAAACAAGAGAAAAUUGAAUUUCGAGUUACGUUUGGUGUAUUGGAUUUGUUGUAAAUAAAAUAAGAAUUUCACCUAGGGUCAAAAACAUGUCAGAAAAUAAUUUACAUGCAUGUAAUAUUCUUAAUUUUGUCCUUUAGAUUCGAGUUAUAUUAGAACAAUGAUUGAUGAUAUUGUUUUAAUAAUUUCAGAAUGAGAUUGCAAUGGAUGAAGUCCAGCCAUCACAUUCUCGUCAAAGUAAGACUGAAUACAUGGACCUAAAAGAGGAACUUGCCUUUGGAAGCAAGCGCAAAGAGAAAGUGAUACUCGGUACCCCACAGGUGGAAUGUUCAUCCCUGGGAACUGAUUACGCGCCUCUUAAUCCAUCCACCCGCUCUUGGGAAAUUCCACGAAACUAA